AAUCACUCCACUGUUCAUUAAACAGAUUGCGUAAUCGCCAACUUUAGGUCAUUCGAGAGAUCGGGAGCGCAUAGUAGCAAGUGCCAGUUGUUGUCGGACGUGAAAGGCCGCAAGUGUAUCAAAGGGAGUUAAAAUCAGCUGAUCGACCAUGCGUUCCACGGAGACACCGCGCAUCCUUUCGAUUCAGAGUCAUGUAGUGUCAGGUUACGUCGGCAAUAAAAGCGCUACCUUCCCGUUGCAGCUAUUAGGCUUUGAGGUUGAUGCCAUUAACUCUGUACAAUUGUCCAAUCAUACUGGUUAUAAAGCAUUUAAAGGCCAAAUACUCAAUGAUAAAGAUUUAGAGGACUUGGUUGAUGGUUUAGCUCAAAAUGACUUAGACAAAUAUACACAUUUAUUAACUGGAUACAUCGGUUCUGCCUCUUUCCUGAAAAGAGUGGCGUUGCUGAUCACAACUUUGAAAGCCAAAAAUCCAAAUCUCACAUAUGUUUGCGAUCCUGUUAUGGGUGACAAUGGCAAGUUGUAUGUCCCAGAAACAUUGAAAGAAAUUUAUAAAAAGGAGAUAGUACCACUGGCAGAUGUAGUGACUCCAAAUCAGUUUGAAUUAGAAUUACUUACAGAUGCAAAAAUUACUAAUAUGAAUGAAUUACAAAAUGCAAUUAAAAAAUUACAUCAGAUUGGACCGAAAACUGUAGCGAUAUCGUCGACUGAGCUCAGCGAUAAACUGACAGCGGUAGUGAGCACCGCGAAAGACAAUACGUUAAUAAAAGUAGAUAUUCCUAAAAUACCAGCGACGUUCACGGGUUCUGGAGAUCUUUUUGCAGCAUUAUUUCUUGCUCAUGUUUAUUUGCAAAGUGACAUGAAAGCUACAAUGGAAAAAACUAUAAAUUCUUUGUAUAGCGUGCUGCUUAAUACGUAUGAAUAUUCUAAAGUGUAUGAAGAUACCAAAGCACAACCAGCUAGAAAAAUCGAAUUGCAACUCAUACAAAGUAAAAACAGUAUUGAAAAUCCAGAGAUUCGUCUGUUUGCGGAAUCUUUACAACAAAAUGAUGAGAAAUGAUUAAAUUAAAAAUACUUGAAUAUUGCUUUUAAGAUAGAUCUAUCAUGUAGAAUUUUGUAGGUACCUAAGAGAGGCCCUAUUUUAUAUAUAUAUUUUUAAAACUUUAUAUUUUUUAAUAUUUUUUUUACAUAGUACGAGUUCGCUAAAAACAUGGUAAAGUCAGCCACUAGGAAGAUUGACGUAAACGUAUUCUGCAUUAUUGCAACAAUCGAAUUAUAAUAUCGUAGGAGUAAAAAUUUUCAGAUCUAACAAUUUAAAUUAUUUUUUUUAAUUAUAAUGAUCAACAACUUUACAUUUUUAAUAUCUAGUUUUUAAAAUAUUUAAAGAAUAUAUUGGAAAGUUUAUAUGAGAAGUCAAGUACAUAAAUUAAAGAAAUACGAAUUUAAUGAUUCGCGAAAAUUUUUACGUUUUAUAUGCUUUCUAUAUUUAAUUUUUCUCACAAAAAUAGUCGGCAAACCGUUGAUUUUCAAUAAAAAAUAAAUAUUAUGUAAAAAAAUUGAAAUUUAUAUAGGACUAUCUCUUAAAUGUUACUUUUAUCGUUUUCAAUUUUUCUUAAGUACAUAUAUACACUGAGAAAAAAAUUGUUGAUUUGAUUUAAAUUUUCAGCUUGAUUAGAUUUCUUUGGUUCAAGUAUUUAUACAUAUAACUUAAAUAUUUGAACUUUAAGUAUUUAUAUAUUUAAUACGUAAAUACUUAACUAAGGAAAUUUUGAAAAAUUUAGUCAAAAUAAUUUUUUUUAGCCUAGUUUGUAUGAAAUUGUUAUCUCAGUAAUGAAACAUUUGUUAAAGGUAUAAUAUAAUAUAUAGUAUAAGAGCGGCCGACUUGUCGUCGGUGAAUUUAAUCCCGUAGUCUGUGAAUAUACCUCCUAGAUAACACAAAAUCUAAAAUCAAACGUUUUUUAAACAUCAUUUAAAUGUCUGAGACUAUUUUAGAAAAUAUGUCUUUAAGACAUCUGACCUGAUUUUAGAUUUUGUAUUGUCUGAGCUUAGUUUACGAAAGGUUAAUUGAGAAGGAUAUAAUGAAAAAAUAUAAGAUAAAUGAUUUCGUGCGCGCGCGGUGAUCCAUUCAUCAACUGUUACCAAUUAUCAAUGGCAUAACCAAAUAUUUGUUAAGUAGCAUUUACGAUAAUGGAGAUUUUUCCAAUAAUCAAACCUUAAUGACCAAUAUAUACCAAUGUAUGUCUUCCAAAAAGUAUACAAUCAAUUAUAUAUGUUUUAUAUAUGUUACCUACAAAAGGCACGUAUAACAAAUUUUAUUUUAUAUUAAAAUAAAUCUGAAUAAAUCUCUUGAAAAUUUUGUGUUCAUGCACGAACCAAAUUUAAACAAACUGUUACCA